GUGCCGCUUGUGGUUGCCGAGCCUUAUGCUGUGUGCAUAUGGUAGCUGCCAGCAGAAGAGGAUAACGCGUUUUGGGCUGUAGCUUAAAACUUUACUGAUGUUCCUUUGCCUCUCCCUGCUCCAGGGGUUUUGUCGUGUGAGCGGAGAGGAAGUGGUGCAGGAAAUGACCUAGAGGCCUUACAAAUACAUUUGUGCAUUUUUGUUCUGAGUCUACAACUGAGGGCAAGUGCAGCCUGGAAGCACCACUUCUUAAUGUUACAACGGAAACAACUACCUCAACAAACAGGGAAAGGGGAGGAAGACUUGCAAUAAUAAACACUCUAAUUUUUAAUAGCUUAUACUUGCAAAGUCUUCUGUAAACAGAGUCCAGAUUUUUUUUCCCCCCCUCCAGUACUAAGAAGAGACACUACAAGUAAACUAAUUUGGCAGACUGGAUCUGUCAAGACAUUUGAAGAAAUUUGAUCUGCUGACACAAGGAUUUGCUUUCUCAAGGAAAGAGCCUCUGCACUGCUUCUACAAUCGCUGUUGAUCGGUGGUUUGCUCCACUUUUCCUGAUGCUACUAAUGGGAAAAUUGCAUUAAGGUAUUGCUUCUAAAACUAUUAUUUGCAGUGACAAAAAUAACUUUUGUAGACUUCACAGCAAGUGACAAUAUUAUGCUCAUGAAGAACUCGUAGGCGACUUCUCUGCUUCUGCGUGCGGAGUGGGAUCCCCAACAAGAGACAGAGCAUUACUGAGACACUUGGGCUUGCUUUUUGAGUUCAGUUUCUGACUGCAGCGGGGCUGCACCGAACACUGAAAACACGGAGUCAGCAAAUCUGCUGCCUUUCCCACUGCUGAUCCAGAUUAUACAGAGCUUGCCUUUCUGAAAUGCCUUUUGUGAGCCCUAUGUACACAGCCCUGCACCGUUACUGUACAUAGACACGGCGGAAGGAAUCUGACAAGUGAUUGUUCCUCCGAGAGCCCUCUGGACAAGCACUCCCUUAUGUAUUGCUGCAGUGCACAAGAAAGCAAAAUGGACUAUAAGCGGCGCUUUUUGCUUGGCGGGUCCAAGCAGAAGGUGCAGCAACACCAGCAGUACCAGCUGCCCGAGCUGGGCCGGGCCCUGAGCGCCUCGCUGGCCCCGGCCGCCCCCGCGCCCGCCCUGCUGCCCCCGCCGCCGCCCCACGCCACCCCCAUCGCCGACAUCCAGCAGGGCAUCUCCAAGUACCUGGAUGCGCUCAACGUGUUCUGCCGGACGAGCACCUUCCUCACGGACCUCUUCAGCGGCGUGUUCCGGAACUCGCACUACUCCAAGGCGGCUCUGCAGCUGAAAGACGUGCAGGAACAUGUCAUGGAAGCCGCCAGCCGCCUCACCGCAGCAAUAAAACCAGAGAUUGCAAAAAUGCUCAUGGAGCUGAGCGCGGGAGCCGCCAACUUCAAAGAUCAGAAGGAGUUCAGCCUGCAAGACAUUGAGGUCCUUGGGCGAUGUUUCCUGACAGUGAUGCAGGUCCACUUCCAGUUCCUGUCCCAAGCUUUGCAGAAGGUCCAGCCAGUGGCACAUUCCUGCUUCGCUGAAGCCGUAGCUCAGGAGAGGAAGAACGUCAGUGGGACUGGAGCCUCAAAUAUAAGCCCCACAAAUGAGCUGGAAGAUGCAAUAAGAUCCUGGAGAGGAGCAGCAGAGGCCACGUCUCGACUGCGAGAAAGAGGCUGUGAUGGAUGUUUGGCAGGAAUUGAAGUUCAGCAACUUUUCUGCUCACAGAGUGUGGCAAUCCCUGAACAUCAGCUCAAAGAGCUAAACAUGAAAAUUGACAGUGCUUUGCAGGCUUACAAAGUGGCUCUGGAGAGUUUGGGCCAUUGUGAAUAUGCAAUGAAGGCUGGCUUCCACUUGAACCCAAAAGCUAUUGAAGCAAGUCUUCAGGGCUGUUGCAGUGAAGCUGAAGCCCAGCAAACAGGAAGGAGACAGACUCCACCUCAGCCCAUUCAGUGUGAGCUGCCCACUGUCCCUGUGCAGAUCGGAUCCCAUUUCCUGAAAGGAAUCUCCUUUAAUGAGUCUGCAGCAGAAAACCUGAAGCUGAAAACGCACACGAUGCUGCAGCUGAUCAAGGAGGCCGGGUGCCACAAUGGACUGACCCCCCGGGACGACUCCCCCGUCACGGAGGUGCUGAACCAGGUGUGCCCUUCCACCUGGAGAGGAGCCUGCAAAACUGCUGUGCAGCUCUUGUUUGGCCAGGCUGGGCUGGUGGUUGUGGACACAGCACAGAUUGAAAAUAAAGAAGCCUAUGCUCCUCAGAUAAGUUUGGAAGGAUCGAGAAUUGUGGUACAAGUUCCAUCAACUUGGUGCCUGAAAGAAGAUCCAGCAACAAUGUCUUUGCUACAGAGGAGUCUGGAUCCAGAGAAGACCCUGGGGCUGGUAGAUGUGCUCUACACUGCUGUGUUUGAUAUACACAGGUGGAAGGAAGGAAGGGAGCAAGCUUUGCCUUGCAUUCAGAUCCAGUUACAGCGUGAAAUCUCAGACUUUGGGAACCAGGUUGACUUGCCCUCGGGAAACGGAAGCAAAUCUUCAGGGGGUCUCCAAAAGACAUUCUCAAAACUGACCUCACGGUUUACAAAAAAAACUUCGUGCACCAGUACGAGCAGCACUGGCAGUUACUCCAUCCCCAACACGCCUUCCAAAAACGUGUUCAUAAGCUCCUGCUCCGAGGAGAAGGCCAAGGUGCCCCCGGCCGUGGACGCGCGGCUGCAGAGCAUCCUGAGCAUCGGGAGCUUCCCGCGGGCCGCGGAGCCGGGCACGGGCCAGCUGGCCAACGGCUUCCUGGGGGACAGGCGGGACAGCUUCUUCAAGGCAGAUGAUGGCAAGGAUGACAAAGGCAUGAAUUUACCAACUGACCAAGAAAUGCAGGACGUUAUCGAUUUCCUGUCUGGUUUCAACAUGGGCAAAUCCCAGCAGACCUCUCCCAUGGUGAAAAGAAGGAACUCUGUUGCCUCCUCUGCAGCAGCGGAACAGAAGUCGGGGGCGGUCCAACAGCAGCCCCAGUCUGUGUCUCACCCUCCCCUGCAUCCUCCUCAGCAAGGCUUGUCCCAGCAGCAGCAAUCCCAAAAGCAGCAAAUGCAGUAUUACCAACACUUGCUUCAACCUAUUGGACCACAGCAACGUGUACCUGCCAAAUGGCUCAGUAAUUCUUCACAGCAGCAAGCCCAGGCUGUUGGAACUGGAUUGUCUCAUAUAAACCAGUGGAACAAUCCUGGAUUUUCAGAUUUAAGCUCUGAUUUGUACAGCUUGGGUCUUGUGAGCAGCUAUAUGGACAAUAUGAUGUCAGAGAUGUUAGGACAGAAACCACAAGGACCUAGGAACAACACAUGGCCAAAUCGUGACCAAACUGAUGGAGUGUUUGGGAUGUUGGGAGAAAUCCUGCCUUUUGACCCUGCAGUUGGCUCUGACCCCGAGUUUGCCCGCUACGUCGCCGGGGUGAACCAGGCCAUGCAGCAGAAGCGGCAGGCGCAGCAGCUCCGCCGGCCCAGCACCAGCACCGCCCGCGGCAACUGGGCCCUGCCCGACGAGCCCCACAAGACAUGGCCCUUCCCCGAGUACUUCGUAGAGGGUGAUGUGACAAAUAGCUGGUCUGGAACUCAAGGAGACUCUGCCAGCUCAAGUGAUGAGACCUCCUCAGCCAACGGAGACAGCCUGUUCUCCAUGUUCUCAGGGCCAGACCUUGUUGCUGCUGUGAAGCAGAGGAGAAAGCACAGCAGUGGUGAGCAGGAGCCCAGCACGCUGCCAUCGCCUCCCCUCCUGUCUGCAGCUGACGACCGCAGCCAGGACAGCAAGACCAAAACGUGGCCCCCGAAGGCGCCGUGGCAGCACUCGUCCUCGGUGACGGGCACCCUGCCCGGCCAGAGCUCAGCCCUGUACCCCCUGGGCAGCCCCGUGAGCCAGUGGAGCGACACGAUGCAGCUCCUGCCGUCGCCCCUGUGGGCCAACGACUGCGCCCCGGCCGCCGGCAUCUCCUCCGGCUUCGCCUUCGCGCAGCAGCAGCAGCAACAAUCCCAGCAGGCUUCCCAGCACAAACAGAUCAACAAGGGCUUCAAAUCCUUCCCGGUGAAGCACGAGCGCAGACCAUCGUACCUGCCCCAGUACUGACUGUUCCUCCUGCAGAGCAGCACAGGGCCGAGGGAACGGCGCAGCUUCCGUGCCCGGGGUGUUGGCUGUGUCCUGGUGAUCUCACUGACGGGGAGUUGGAGGGGUUUGGGGGAGACAGACAAACUCUCGAGUUGUGACUGACAGUGCUGAGCAAAUGUGGCCAAUAUGUUUGUUGGUGGACAUGAAACAGCCCAAAACUGUGAUGUAGAAAUGCUUUUAAAAAUGUGUAUAUUGCCUUUACUUUCAAAACAUUUUUUUUUCUAAAAAGAACUGCUGAAGGACUACCAUACAAGAAACACUGUAUUUUAUAGCUAUUUUUCAUAUAGAUUUAUAGUUAAACAUCUUACUGAAACACAUUGAAUAUGUUGGAGCAAAUAUAUAGUGGUCACUUUGCUCAACACUGUUUGUGUUUAAAUUUAUAACGGACAAGCUGUAGAGCCUUUGUAUUCUCAUUCUGGCCCGUGGGCAGCUUUUUUUAAAUGAAGUGCAGCAGCAGCUUUUGCUGUGCCACACAGAUGAGUUCACUGGGGAGCUGCUGCAGGAGCAGCUGCAGACUGAGUGCUGUGGCAGUUCCCUCCCCCCGAGCUCAGCAGAGCCGCAGAGUUCCCUGAGCUGCUGGAGCCGACGGCUCCGGUGUGGCUGCCGGGACUCCGGCUCUGAACACCCUGUUCCUUGGGCAGCCUUUGGCCAGAGCUGUUCCCACACAGGGCUCCUGCAGCGUGUGAAAGCAAAGCCUAAGAGACUACUUGCUUUUAUUUAAAGUCUUAUUUCAGAUGCUACAGUUGAUUAAAAAUUGUGAGCUGGCUCAGAAGAUACUAAAACUGAAACGUGGGGUAGCAGUUAGUUAAAAGAACAUUAUUUUUUUUAAAAGGAUAAAGUAAUUAUUUGCAGUCAAUAUGUGCCAUUAAGUGAACCUGUGGAAUUAGGAAUAAUCUUCCAACCAAAGUGGAUCCGGGAGAGUGACUGGUGCUUAAAAAUUGAAGAACAAUGGUAAAUAUAUGUAUAGCUAUCCCACUGUAUAUGAAUUGAGAUUACAGAAGAUUCUUUAUAUAGUUAGAGCUUAUUUAAAUUUUCAUAUUUCAUCUUUGAAAGAGUCUAAAAACCACAAUAUUUUCUGGUAUAAGAGUUUUGACAGUAUUAAUCUUAUUUUUGUAUUUUUCUUAAGUCAUAUCAUUCUAAUAUGUUAACUACUAGUAAAAUGGGUUAUUAGUUCUAACUACAUAAUUUUUCAAUGAAGAUAAAGCACAUUUGUUGGUUUUGGUUUUACAAACUAAUUACAUCUAUAUCUAAAGAUACCAAAAAAUAAAUACAUUAUAUAUAUAUAUAAAGUAUACACAACACUAAAACUAUUAAACAUCUGGGUAUUUCAAACCCAUCCACCUUUUUUGUUUGUAUGGUGACGGGCUCUAUUUGCAGGCCCAGAUUGUUACCUUUUGUGCUGUUUGAGGAUGCCAAUGUUGCCUGUAUUUAUGAUAUUGUCACCAUGUUUUCUGAAACUUCAUACUUACCAUGUUUACAAAGAUUUGUUUGCUGUACAUAGACUUUUUACAGUAAUGUGCUUUGCACAAUCAGUGUGGCUUCUGUCUGUAAAUUGUUAAUGGUCUGUACUACUAUAAUUUUGAAAACCCUCCACUGAAAAUGUUAGUGGUUAUUUAACUUGAUGAAUGGUUUUGAGUUUCCUAAAUCUUGUCGUUUAGAUCUAAUAUUAAACCCUAAAUUUGGUUGUACUUACUGAUUAUUCAUACUAAGACCAAAAUGGAAGUUAAUGAAAACACUUAAUUUUGAACUUUUUUCUAACAAGUGCCAAAAUGAUUGCUCUAGUUUUUGCAGUUUAUUCAUAAUUACAAAUGCUGUCGAGUUCCUGGACCUACAUCAGUGAAAACAAAGAAAGUUUGUCUGCAUUUUGACCACGUGGGUGCUACUCUGUCCUUUGCUUCCGAUUGUUCUGAACACUGGUAAUUUUAAGAAUUGUUGCACUUGGCAAAUGAGUCUUGCCCUUAAACUUCACUUACACUGCCAAGUGCAAGGGUUUGGUGCUUAGUUAACUUACCCUUAUUGCAGUGCUUCUUGUGAAUAGCUAAUGCUUCUGAACUGGAACUGUACAGUUUGUAUUUUAAAGCUUCUGUAAAAGUAAACUAUUUGCUUUAUUAAAGAUAUACAUUUAAUAGGUCAUACCUGUUUAAAAUAUGCACCUUGCUGAAAAUGAGCAGCACCUUAAACUGUAACUUUGGUUUGUAAACAAAGAUCUUAUUUCAUUAACAUGGGAUUAUUUAACAGUUUGAAAAUUGUCAACUGCCUACUUACUGACUCAUCAUAUAAAAACAAACUUUAUGCACUGUACAA